AUGAAUGGCCCGCAGGAUGUUUUUUGGUCAGGCUGCCAUGAACUAUAGCCUCAACCUCAGCGAGGAGCAGGGUCACACGGACUUCACCCCGGGCGCAGAAAGGCUCACUCCCACCGGCUUCAUCGUGCUGUCCGUGUUUCUGGGCUUCAUCAUGACUUUCGGCUUCCUCAACAACUUCAUUGUGCUCAUUUUGUUUUGUAAGUUUAAGAAGCUGAGGACUCCGGUGAACAUGCUCCUGUUGAACAUCAGUGUGAGCGACAUGCUCGUGUGUCUCUUUGGCACCACGCUCAGCUUCGCCUCCAGCAUCAGAGGUCACUGGCUGCUCGGGACCAGCGGCUGCAGCUGGUACGGCUUCAUCAACUCCUGUUUCGGUAUUGUGUCUCUGAUCUCCCUGGUCAUCCUCUCCUAUGAUCGCUACAGCACUCUCACAGUGUACAACAAACGGGGACCCAGCUACAGGAGGCCUAUAGUAGCUGUGGGGGGCUCCUGGCUCUACUCCUUAUUUUGGACAGUGCCCCCUCUUCUGGGCUGGAGUAGCUAUGACAUAGAGGGAGCAGGGACCAGCUGCUCUGUGUCCUGGACCAUGAACUCAAGACAGUCUCACGCCUACAUCAUCUGCCUCUUCAUUUUCUGCCUGGGCCUGCCCAUCCUGGUUAUGGCCUACUGCUAUGGCCGCCUGCUGUUUGCUGUUAAACAGGUGGGAAAAUUUCGUAAAACCGCAGCCCGUAAGAGAGAGUACCACAUUUUGUUCAUGGUACUGACCACGGCAGCAUGCUAUUUGCUGUGCUGGAUGCCUUAUGGUGUGGUAGCAAUGAUGGCAACAUUCGGACCACCUAAUAUCAUCUCCCCAGUGGCCAGUGUGGUGCCCUCUCUGUUGGCCAAGAGCAGCACUGUGAUCAACCCAGUCAUCUAUAUCCUCAUGAACAAACAGUUCUACAGGUGUUUCUUGGCUCUGUUCCACUGUGAUCACUUGUCUGUGGAGAAUGGAAAUACCUCGAUGCCCUCCAAAACCACCAUGAUCCAGCUGAACCGCAGAGUCUACAGCAACACAGUGGCGUGCACAGCCCAGCUCUCCACCGAGACCCUGAACCAGUGCAGCACCACCCCCCACAUGAAGCACACCAACCCCCCUGUGGCCACCACCUAGAGACACCCCCCACCACACUGCAGGGUCUUACCACAA